AUGAAUCCAUCUCGACCAGAUUUCUGUCAUCCCUACCAGCCAUAUGACAUCCAGUUGGAUUUCAUGACCAAACUCUAUCGUUGCAUAGAGGAUAAGAACAUCGGCAUCUUUGAGUCACCCACCGGAACAGGAAAAUCACUGAGUCUGAUCUGUGGGGCAUUGACAUGGCUGCGGGACCACGAACGCCGGUCUUUGGAUGUUGAAGACAACGAUGCAGAGUCAACAGAUUGGCUCGUACGGGCUGAAAUCGCCGCUCGUCGACGCAGAAAUGUUUUGGAAAGAGAAGAGGUUGAGCAGAAGCUUGCUGCCAUACGUCGACGCGAAGACAAGCGAAACCUGAAAGAGGGUCUUGGCUCCACCAAACGAGUACGGCUGCUCCGCGAGCAGACAACCCAACAACAGCCGAAUCAGGAUGAUUUAAUGCUCGAGGAUUAUCAAAGUGAUACAGAGGAUGAUCAACUGGCACCCAAAACAUCACACUCUAGCUUUUCUUCCACGACACAAGCUCUUCUUGACAAAUUGCGUGGGCCUAUCAACUCAGACGUCGUUGAAGAGGAGAAUGAUCGAUUGAAGCUCAUCAUCUGUUCACGAACCCAUUCUCAGCUGGCUCAAUUCGUGAGUGAGCUCAGGCGAGUCAAACCCCCGUCUAUUUUCUCUUCUGCGUCAGGGGAUCAGGUCUUGGGGAAUGAUAUUGAAGAGUGUGUCAAGCACCUUCCACUUGGCUCUCGCAAGAAUCUGUGUAUCAACUCCAAGGUGAACCGUCUAACGUCGUCAACUGCCAUGAAUGACCAGUGUCUGGAAUUGCAGAAAGCCGGAACCCCGAAGGAUAAAAGAUGCCCGCAUCUCCCAACAAAGGAUGACAAAGAGAGAACAAGUGCUUUUCGUGAUGCAGCAAUUGCUCACAUUAGAGAUAUCGAGGAUAUUGGGGCCCUUGGACGCAAGAUGGAACUCUGCCCCUAUUAUGCUUCUCGAUCUGCCAUACAGUUAGCGGAGGUGUUGACACUGCCAUACCCCUUGCUAUUGCAAAAGUCAGCCAGGGAGGCGUUGGGUGUGUCGGUCAAAAAUAACAUCAUCAUUAUUGACGAAGCUCAUAAUUUGAUGGACGCCAUCGCAGAUACUUAUUCGAUCUCAUUGCGGUUGAAUCAUCUGGAGCAAUCCAUAAGGCAGAUAACGGCUUAUGUUGUUCGCUUCAAAAAUCGACUCAAAGGAAAGAACCGUGUCUACGUGACCCAAGUAUUGCGGUUGCUGAACUCUAUUACCGAUUGCUUGCGAGCAACAACAAAUCUCUCAUCGCAGCAGGACGUCACGGUUACCGCGUCACAGCUCAUGUCAGGUAAGGGGGUCGACCAGAUCAAACCCCAUAAACUCUUGCAAUAUUUGCACGAAAGUAAGCUGGCACACAAGGUUGAGGGCUACACAGAUGCUCAAGCAGUCGGAGACCCUACCCGAGACCAAGCCAAAGGAGUACUCAUGCAUUUCCAAAAUUUCCUUGCAGUUCUUAUGAACCCAGACGAUGAAGGUCGUUUCUUUGUAUGCCGUCAGGACGGUGAGACUAUAGUACGCUAUACCCUCCUCGAUCCCCGAGAGCACUUCCGGGACAUAGUCCAGGAAGCCAGGUCAGUCGUUCUUGCAGGUGGUACCAUGUCUCCGAUGUCUGAUUAUUCAAAUUACCUCUUUUCAUACCUCGGUGAAAGCCAACUCCAAACCUUCAGUUUUGGCCAUGUCAUCCCACAACAUAACUUGUUUGCCACUGCCGUGACAAGAGGGCCUACGAACAUCGACUUCGAUUUCACUUACGACAAGCGCAGUUCAGAGUCAAUGAUUAUGGAGCUUGGCCAACUAAUCCUCAGUGCCUGUAAAUCGACACCAGAUGGAAUUGUAGCCUUUUUCCCCAGCUAUGACUAUCUCGCCAAGGUGAUCUCCAUCUGGCAAAGGCCAUCUACCUUGGAGCCACUGAUGACCAUAUUGCAGAGGACAAAGGCAACAUUUCAAGAGAGCAAAGGCGUUUCUGUUGAUGAACUUCUUCGUGAUUAUGCGGCUGCUGUCGAUUCUGGUAAAGGUGGUUUGAUGCUCGCCGUGGUUGGUGGAAAGCUGUCAGAGGGCAUCAAUUUCUCAGACAAGCUAGGCCGAGCAGUUAUUGCUGUCGGACUUCCUUUUCCAAAUGCCAACGGGGCUGAAUGGAAGGCAAAGAUACAAUACGUGGAAGAGCUACAGUACCAGCAAUGCAAAGUGUCAAAGGGAAUGAAUGAAGCGGAGUGUAGGAGUGAAGCCAGGCGUGCAGGCAGAGACUUUUACGAAAAUGCUUGCAUGCGAGCCGUCAACCAGAGUAUUGGGAGAGUCAUUCGUCACAGGAAUGACUUCGCGGCUGUUUUGAUGGUCGAUCGAAGAUUUGGGACUGAACGCAUCAGCCAGAAGUUGCCAGGCUGGAUCAGGGGUAGUAUGAACAAGAGCACUCAGAGCUGGAACGAAGUGGAGGUUGGCCUUCAGAAGUUUUUCAGCAAUAGAUGA